AUGCCUCAAACACACCAAAGCGUAGACGCCGAUAAUCGUGGUUUUGAAAUAACCUAUAAAUCAUCUGAUGAUAGUACACUCGAAAUUGUCAAAUAUGGUGAAUAUCUUUAUGAUAAUAUCAUCGUUUUUGCACCAGGUACCAAAGAUUUUGGUGGUCGAUUAGAUGCGGAAAUACUUGCACAGUUUGUUGAUGCUGGUGGCAAUGUACUGAUAGCUGGAAGCAAUGUUAUUGGCGAUGCAAUACGAGAAUUUUCUGGAGAAUGUGGAAUUGAGUUUGCCGAUGAUAAGAGUGCAGUCAUUGAUCAUCUUAAUUUUGAUUCAAAUGAUAAUGGGCAGCAUACACUUAUAGUUGCAAGUACAGAUAAUCUUAUUAAUUCAGAACUUAUUGUUGGUAAAACUAAACAAACUGGUGCACCAUUCUUGUUCCGAGGCAUUGGAAUGUCAGCUGAUCAAGAGAAUCCAUUACUGUUAGAUGUGUUGACGGCAUCAUCGACUGCUUACACAGCCAAUCCCGACGAACAAACAUUAGCAGAAUAUCCAUCUACUGUUGGCAAACGAACAUUACUUGUAUCUGUACUUCAAGCACGAAAUAAUGCCCGUGUUGGCUUCGUUGGUUCAUUAGAAUUUUUCAGCAACGACUUUUUUGAAGCAUCAAUUCAAACCGGUAAUUCUAAAAAACAGUCUCGAUCUGGCAAUCAAGAAUUAGCAUUAGCAUUAACUGAUUGGCUGUUUAAACAACGUGGUGUAUUACGCUCAAGAAAUAUUCAUUAUUAUCUUUUGAAAGAUAAAUCAUCGCCAAGAUAUUACACAGUGAAAGAUGAUAUUAUGUUUAGUGUUCAAUUUGAUGAAUUUGUACAUGGAAAAUGGGUUCCAUUUAAUGGUACUGAUGUUCAGUUAGAAUUCGUUCGAAUUGAUCCAUUUGUUCGUGUAACGAUGAAGAAUAAUGGUGGUAAAUUAGAAUCACAAUUUCGUAUUCCAGAUGUGUACGGUAUUUUUAAAUUUGUCGUCGAUUAUAAUCGGAUUGGUUAUACACAUUUAUAUUCUGCAACACAAGUUUCGGUGCAUCCUUUAUGGCAUACAGAAUAUGAACGUUUUAUAGCAUCAGCAUAUCCAUAUUAUAUUUCAACAUUUUCAAUGAUGGCCGGUGUAUUUUUACUUAGUUUUUUGGUACUUUAUCAUAGAGACGAUAUACCGAAGAAAAAGGCUGAAUAA